AUGGCACCGCAAACCAUGUACAACCGUCCAUAUCCUCAAUGGACCGCGCUCGCAGUAAUCAUCCCCUUCACGGCCCUCCUCAUCGCCGUGGCCGCCACGCAGGGCGUUAAAUCACCAGCGACGUGGAUCGUGCUCUUCGUCGAGGUCCUUAUCAUGGCCGUCUUCAUUAUCAUCGACCCGGGGAUCACCAUCGCAAGUCGCAGGGAACACUUGCCCGAUGGGAGUGUGGUGACAAUACGCAGACCCAUUGUCGGCUUCAAGAAAUACGAGAGGAGAGUCGGUGUUUUGGGUGGUUAUGACGUGAGGGAUGAUGGAUCUAGAUAUGAGGAGGCAUAUAUUCGACUCUGA